UACGUCCCCGCGCCUGAUAUUUUCUCUUUCACGAAGACAAUAUCUCCUCUCCUUUUUUUUUCUUUGAGUUGGACGAACGAAAAAUAUCGUCUGUGCGCUUUUAUCCGGAGCUCCUGACACAUAGGCAGGAUUUCUAUUUCCAUUCUCGAAGCGCGGCAAGAUCUUCGCCAGCCAGCCUAUUGUGCGUGCCUCUGCCUGCCCAGAAAGAACAUAUAUUCGCACACCAACCACGCCGUGCUAGCAUUCCUUAGCUCUCUCCCACCAUACGGGAAACCAGAGUCAGGAGCUAGUAUACGUAGACCACCAGGCUCAGGCUCAGGCUGGCUGCUGCUUGCUCCCGGCCGAGGGCGAGGGCGAGGGCUGAGGAGGGAGGAGGCGGUCGAUGGGAAGGGAGCGGGAGGCGGCCAUGGCGGCCGUGCUGGAGGCGUGGCGCAGCACCAGCGCGGCCAUCACGUCGUGGUGCGUGUCGGCGCUGUGGAGCGGGCUCAGGCGAAGGCACCGGCGGACGGCGUACGCCCUCGGAGCCGGAGCCGGUGGGCUCAAGCUCAACUACGACGCGCUCAGCUACGCCCAGAACUUCGACGACGGGAGCCGCCCCGGCGAGUGCGAGCCCGACUUCACGGCCAGGUUCGCGCCUGCAGCUGGACCGCGGAGGCCGUCGUCGGUAGCUUCUUGUUGUUCUUAUUAGGAGAGCUAGCUUGUCGCUGUUUAUAGUUCUGGCCCGGCGCGUGCGUAUGUGGUGGUAUUGUUCUUGUUACCUUCCAAUUAUAUCCCUCUUGUAGUUACUCUUGGUAGUGCUAGCUAUGUCGUCUAUAUAUCGUGGAUGGAUAUGGGCGUACAAAUAAAAAAUAAUAAUUGAAAGUGGGUGUACAAGUAUUUAGAGUGGAGGAAUGAAGUAUUGUUUGCUGGAUGGCAGCACAUGCA